AUGGACUACAACGUGAAUGGGAAUGGGAAGACCAUGAUCUACCAUGCCAAUCUGUUGAAGAAGUAUUUCUGGAGAAAAGAAAACCUAAUAGGUGCAGCAAUUGUACAAAUGGACAUGGCAGUUUUUGGUAACAGACCAACAGAAUCAAUAAUAACUCUGCUGUAUGGUUCAUCAAAAACAGGAAUUGGCUGCAGUGGAGCAACAGGUUUAGAAAAUAAUUCCUAUCCAUUUCUAUACGCAGUAAUCAUAGAGCAUUUUCACUUUUUUUCAGUUACCUUUUCUGUAAAGAUAGAGAGGCUUUCAGUACCGCGUUGGGUUCGAAAUGGGACAGAUCACGUGAUUCUUGACUGUGAGUACAGCUAUACUGUCAGUGAUGUCCGUCUAGUAGUGAAAUGGUUCUUCAAAGAUCAGUUAGAGCCAGUCUAUCAGUGGAUUCCUGGACUGGAUAAACGUCAUGUUUCCGGAAUUCUAUAUGGUAGACUUAACAUGGAAUUUACUGUUGAGCCAAGUGAUCGUUACUCUCGAUACCGUGCUCUCUAUAUUCUCAGACCUACUUUAGAAAUAAGUGGGAAAUAUACGUGCGUGGUGACGUCACUAGCUAGCCAGGACCUACGCCAUAAAGAAAUGUUGGUUUACGCUCCAGCAAAGAAUUUUUCCAUAUCACAAAACAAAGUAGCGAGAACAAGGUCGGAUAUAUUUUGUGAAGCAACGGGUUUAUAUCCUCGCCCAGAGAUCUCUCUCAGCAUAAUUCUACCCGGUCUCCAGAAACAUACGGUGUUGCAGGAAAUUAAAAAGCAGGUAAAGCUCACCAAUGGAAGCUACUCCGUACUGCUGGCUAGAAGGUUUAGUGAAGAAGAUUUACCCAAGGCAAAAAUGAUACUUCUGGAGUGCGAAGUUUAUAUUCCAGAAACAAAUUACAAAGUAUCAAAAGAAAUUUCCUUCUACACAGGUACUGGCGUUCUUUUAGUUUGUUUUAUCAGUGAAUAA